CUGACCAGAUCAGGCAAACAGUGAAGAACUUCAGUUACUUGUCAAGAUGAAAGGUUUACUGUUACUGUUUAGCACUCUGUUACUGCUGGAGUCAACGGUGGGAGACAAAGAAUAUCAUCAGCUAAGCCAAUAUGAGACAGAUAUUAUUGACAGAGCAAUAGAAGAAGCCAAUGACAGAUAUGGAAGAACCAAACAUCUUGAUUUUGCCUCCAUUAUAAGUGCAAAUUAUGAUAAGCGCAUACUUAAUGUGUUAUUAAAACCCACCUCAUGUAAGAAGACAAAAGUGUUUGUCCAUCGGAAAGACUGUAAAAUCCAAGAUGAGGCUAGACCUAGAGUUUCUUGUGUUGAUUGUCGUGGAAAAAUGUCCUGUUUGCCUCUCAGAGAAAAAACAAAGAUUAAACAGACAAUAUUUGAAUGUUCGCAUCACCAUAUUGGGGAAGGACAUCUGAUGGCACUCUUAGCAGGAAAUGAGCAACAAACAGAAAAUUAGCAACAACCUAAAUGUCUGGAAUGUGCCUGGGAAAUAAAAAUGCAACUGGCCAUAUGAAUUAAAAAACAAAACUACUAAUGAAAUGUACCCUGUAAACUUGGCCUCUCAGGUAACAGAAAAUUAUACAUAUAGAGUUUCUUUAACUAGAAUUUAAUUAUGAAGAUUAAUGUGUAUUUUUGCUCAACUAGCAGUUUUCAAUGUUUCAAUGUAAUGAUGUAAUUUUGAGAGAAAUAUGGAAAAUAAAGUAGCCUUAAUUAGUAUGUCCUAGUGUCGAAUAACAUACAAGUCAAAUUCAUAAUUGUUUAAAAAAGUAAAAAAAAAAAAAAAAAAAAAAAAAAA